UAAUUGUAUAAUUGUAUUAGUAAUGAAUGUUAUGUUGAUUUUUUAGUUACAUUUAAAUGUAUUAAUUUAAUUCUUUGAAUAUUUAUUUUUAUUUAAUUAUUCAUUUAUCUGCUUGUUAUAGUGUCGUGAAAUGUUUUCUUUACGUGAUAAAUAAAGUAAUGUCAUCAGAGUAGUAUUUUUUGUUUUUUGACAGGAUAGUAUGUCAUUGAAGAAAUGAUAUGACAUUAUACAAAAAUACUUUUUCAACAAUAAAAUGGCGAAUAUUUGUAGAAAAUGGCGAAUAUGGAUAUUGCCAUUAUUAACUAGUCUUUAUGCCUUAUUAAUAUGUAUCCUAGUGCCAAUAUUAUUGAGAAAUUCAAUAAGAAAUGGGUUAAAAAAACAAGAUCAAGGUGCUUUGGUCGGUGGCGGAUUUGUGCUACUGUCAUUACCAAUAGCAUUUUAUGAGAUAAUACAACAUAUGAUUCAUUACACGCAACCGAAACUCCAAAAGUAUAUAAUCCGAAUAUUAUGGAUGGUACCAAUUUACGCAGUAAAUGCUUGGCUGGGAUUAAUUUAUCCCGAAGGCAGUAUUUACGUAGAUAGUUUACGUGAAUGUUAUGAAGCUUAUGUUAUUUAUAAUUUUAUGAUGUACUUGUUGGCUUAUCUCGAUUCUGACCAUCAAUUGGAACGUCGGUUAGAAAUGUCUCCUCAAGUGAAGCACAUGUUUCCCUUUUGCUGUCUAUCCGAUUGGCGAAUGGGAAAAGAAUUUGUACAUAUGUGCAAACAUGGAAUUCUUCAGUAUACAGUAGUCAGACCCUUAUCAACAGCUAUUUCUUUUAUUUGUGCAUUAAACAAUGUCUACGGUGAGGGAGAAUUUCGUGGAGAUAUUGCAUUUCCUUAUAUGAUUGCGCUAAAUAAUUUAUCCCAAUUUAUAGCAAUGUACUGUUUAGUUUUAUUCUAUCGGGCUAAUUCAGAAAGCUUGAAGCCAAUGGAACCUAUUGGAAAAUUUUUGUGUAUCAAAGCUGUAGUAUUUUUUUCAUUUUUUCAAGGCGUGUUGAUUGCAAUGUUGGUAUACUUCGAUGUAAUAUCAACCAUUUUUGAUACUGAUAAUACCGAUGAUAUUCGUCAUAUAUCUUCAAAACUUCAAGACUUUCUUAUAUGUAUUGAAAUGUUUUUAGCAGCAGUUGCGCAUCAUUUUAGCUUUAGUCAUAAACCAUACGUUAAUCUUGCACAAAGUCAAGCUUGGUGGGAUGCAUUCAGAGCAAUGUGGGAUAUAUCAGAUGUACAUAAUGACAUUAAAGAACAUUUAGGAGUUGUCGGAUUAUCAUUAAGUCGGAGAAUUCGUGGUCGUAAUAACUAUCAAGAAACUUGGGGAAGUGCUACUGAACGUACCUCACUUUUACCAGAUCAAAUUCAAGUUAUACCAGGCUCUAAAAAUUUGCCAAGUUGUUCAGUAACUGAAUAUGACCCAAGUUAUUUGAAUGAAAAUUCAAAUAAACCUAACGAUGAUAUUACAGACGCUGGUCAUGCAGGACAUGUUAAUUUUAUCGAUACGUAGCGAUGUUUUUUAUCGAAUUUAAUUUAUAUCAUAUGAAGCAUUUUCCAACAAAUACUUUCAUCACAAAAAUUUUAUUUUUUUUUUCUAGCUAAUAAUUUUAUUUUUUAAAU